CAAUCAUUGACCACGCACAUAUAUAGUGGGGAGAGUAGCAAACAAUCCACACAGAACAAAAAUCCCGAGACCCUUUCACAACCCAAAUUAGCCUUUUUUCGAGUUUCCACUUUAAUGUUCAAAUAAUGAAUGGCUGAGAUGACGAGCUAUUGGGUAUCUACUGCUCCAUAGAAGAACCUCUGGCUAUGGCUGAAAAUCAAUAAAGAAAGAACGAAACAAAGAAAGAAAAGAAAAAGAGGAAAGCUAGCAGCUUUGAGGAAGAACUGCAUUUCUUGAUUUCUGAGAUUUCUGUGCAUAAUAAAUAAUCUGUAAGGCGGAGAUUUGUUGGUUUGGGACAAGAAAUUCAAGAACACAAUUCUUGUUUUCUUUUCCCCUUUCUUUCUUGGGGGUGAUGGAAUCUUCAUCUUCUUCGGGCGGAGCAUUGAAGAAGGUGAAGGCAAGUGGUAACAGUUCUCAUCAGGUUGCUAAUUGCUUGGUGGAUGGGUGUGAUGAAGACCUUAGCAAGUGUCGAGACUAUCAUCGCAGACACAAGGUUUGUGAGCUCCAUUCUAAGACCGCUAAGGUCACUGUUGCUGGUCGGGAGCUUCGGUUCUGCCAACAAUGCAGCAGGUUUCACCCGCUGUCUGAAUUUGACGAGGGAAAAAGAAGCUGUAGAAAGCGCCUCGAUGGCCAUAACAAGCGCCGAAGGAAACCUCAACCAGACUCUCUCAACAACAACAACAAUAACAACAACAACAACAGAAGCGCGACAAUGCCUUAUUCCUCUAGUCCACAAGGUUCAAAGCAGAUUCUCCAUUUCGGCGGUUCCGGCGCGCAAAUGUACGCAAAUGCUGAUGUCAGCAACACCGUGCUGUACAACACCCCGUCACACUUCACUUGCAUGGACGCUCAAAAAACUCUGCCGAUGACAUCAUCACCGCACGACUACAGCGAACCGAACCGGUUCCAGCUCGUGCAAGGCGCUGGGGACGGGAACCUUCCGGAAGCUUCGGUCGCCCGCGGGGUGUUUCCGGGAGGAGGAUUCGACCAAUCCGGUGGCGACUCUGGUCGUGCUCUCUCUCUUCUGUCAUCAGCGCCAGCUGUCGCGAGAGAGCUCGGUUUUACCCAGCCGCUAGUCCACGGCCUGGACUACGAUGCUUAUAGUCAUCAAUACACAUUCUCUCAAGAAACCGGAGAGGCCAAACACGGCCUCCACUUCCCCGAAAUGUUUCAGAACGCGACGUCGGAUGGGUCCUCCACGAGUGGUGGGUCCCAUCAAACGGCGACAUUCAGGUGGGAGUAAUUAAUUAAUUAAUUAACACCAUGACUUACACCUAUAUAUAUGUGUGUUCUAGGAAAAUGCUACUUUGACCUCUGGGAUGACACUGAAGUUGACACCAUCAGAGACAGUCAUUGUUUGUGAGACAAUAACGGUGUCACCUUUGGUGUUAUCCGUGACGUGAUCGUAGCAUGAUCCGUAUGUUUAAGGGCAGGCCUUGUAGAAUCUGAACCUGUAAUAAGGAAAUACUCCGUCGGACCUAUGAAUGGUAAGACUUGGUUCUUUUGACUAUUCCAUUUUUCUUAUUAUAUUAUUUUAACCUUUUCAUAUGGGCUACUCACAGGCAUGUGUGCAUGAUUUGUCUAUUUAUUUUUUUACUGGAGGCUGAAGACUGAAAUCUGUCUUUUUACCGUUGUUUUUUUUGAAGAACAGUCUUUUAAAGUAAAUAUUGUCAAAAAUGCACAUGGCAAGUUUUGUGGAUGACAUUUUGGAAACAAGUACACUGUGUACUAGAGUGGGAAUCAUCUUUGAACAAGUAGAUUGAUCUCAAAAUGCACCCUCAAAAGUUUAAAAUAUUUUUUAUUGCACCUUCCAUCAAAUUUUUUAAUAUAGAAAUACAUUUAAAUUACGAUGUUUGACCAAAAUUAUUCUGUAUUCAUAAAUUCAAUUGAUUUAAAAACUAAUGUAAAAAUAAAGAUAAAAUUUAUAUAAGGUAAUCUUACACCAAACAAAUGGUGCAAGAUUGUGAUACCAAUUCAAUUGAAGCACUUAGAGUACUUCGAUCAUAAAAUUAUACUCCUAGGUUUCUUUCCCCCCAAUCCUGUCAUCUCGUCCCCCGCCCCUUGGUGACGAGGGAAAACAUGAGAGGGGAUUUAGGUGUGUCAGAAGAAUGAAAACUAUCAAUUUUACGAUCAGAACACCAUAAAUGUCCCAAUUGAAUUGAUGUUGUGAUCUUACAUUAAAUAGUUUGGGUAAGAGUAUUUGCACUAUGAGGGGAAGAUCGAAAAUUGCGGUACGGCGAGCAGCGGGCAAAGGAUGCUGAUGUCUAGACGGCCAGAUACUGCGUCGCACGUCGGGCGCACCGCUUGUCCUGCGGCGCAGCUGCACCAGAGAUGAUGACGAGUGGCCAUCCAUUGCAGCGGGGCACCGUGCUAGAUUCCAAAAAC